AUGUUUUUGCAGUCCCAAGGCAUAAUCUGUACUCCCGAGGAAUAUUCAAGACAGGCUUCCGAUACUUCGCUCCGCUGUUUGACUCGCGGACAAAGCAUCGGAUUGACAGUGAGACACGCUCCCUUUUCGCCUUCGAGAAGAAACCUCAGCCACUGCCUCACACAGUUUGCCGCAGAAAGCGGCUUUGUCUCACUUUUUGCUAUCCUCUUUGUUAUUGCCUCUGAUAUUUCGAGAUGCUUAUUUUUACAGCGAAAUGCGCUCCAGUAUGUACGAAAGAGAGGCGUGGAAGACUGGAAUUUUCUCCAGGAAGCUAUGGCUUUAUUUUUUGCGGAUCUUAUACAAGCCCUUGGUGCCGUCCUCGACAUCAAAUGGAUAAACGAGGAAAGGUGGAAACGGGCACUUCUGUACUGCUCAAGGCGUCAUACAACAAUUGGGAGACACGGGCGUCACUAUCACCACUCUCGUAAACUAGGACAUCACGCUUCAUGGCGUAAAGGCAUGGACGCGAUCAUCACCUUCAAGCUUGUUAUUCUCACCUACUGGUGCUGGAUAGGUCAAGACCACACAGCUCUCCGAAUCAUAGGCGAAUACGUCUGGUUCUGGCUAACCUUGGGGAUGUCAUCCCUGGUAUACAUCCCUCUAUCUCUUUGGAGCAGAGGCAACAUCGCAUUUGACGACAAGUCCUGGUGGAAGUUCACUUUCCAUAGUCGAUCCGACGAACCUGAGAGCGAGGAAGACAAGUUUCGCAGGCGAAACUCUCUCAACCUGAUUGCGGACCCCGUAGCUACUCAACCUUUGAGCGUGGGCCUGAGUCGUACGAUGAACGUCUUUCUUCUUCUGGUAACUCGACCUGAUUCGGUGUUAUUUGGGAGGAUCGGUCGUGCCGGUCGUGGACGUUCACCAUCACCGCGGGGAUGGACCGGCCCCGCAAACCAAGGCGCAGAGAGCAGUCAGUCAGGACGAGAUGAUGAAUCUAUACAUGAAAUGGGAAGGCUUCUAUCCAUUGAUACGGAAAGUAUCUCUUCGCGUUAUGCUUAG